AUGACACGACAUUCUUAGAUUAUCAACACCCACAAAACCAUAUCCUCAGUUGAUGAUCUUCCAGGUUUAAGUAUACAUGAGAAGCUAUUUAAAGGAGGAUAUGGUACAAUAUUCAAGGGUGUGGAUCACACUACAAAAUAAGAAAUUGCUAUCAAAUAUUCUAAGUUUGACUUAUCUAAUGAAUACAAAAUUAUGAAAAAGUUAUCACAUAUACCAGGAAUUCCUAAAGCAUACUCUUUAGGAGAAUAAAGCAAAUCUACAUAUUUAAGCAUGGAAUAUUUAAAUUCAGAUCUGCAUACUCUAAGGGCUAAACUGAAAUAACUCUCUUUAAGAAGCAUCUGCUGUAUUGCCAUCAAAGUACUCGAAAUAUUGAAAGAAGUUCAUGCUUUAAAUAUUGUACAUAGAGAUAUCAAGCCUACAAAUCUAAUGAUAAAAUCACUUGAAGAUUCAUAAAUAUAUCUGAUUGAUUUUGGGAUAGCUAAGGAAGCUGACUAAUUUGUGUAUACUGAAGAAGUGGAAGGCACUCUGCUCUACGAUCCUCUUUAGGUGCAUAGAAGAUAACCCUACAGAUUCAUUGACGAUAUUGAAAUGCUUGCAUACACCCUUGUAUUUCUGUAUAAAGGUAAAAUAGCGUUGAUCAUAGGUCACCUACCGUGGAUGAAAUUUCCAAACAACAUACUUUACAACGAGGAGGUGAUGAGACAUAAGGAAUCCUAUCUGAGUUCUAAAACCAUGAGCAGACUUCCUUUUGCUGAACUCUUUGGGUACAUCAAGUGGAAUCAAAAUGUUAAUAGACCAGAUCAUGAUUUUUUGAUUUCAUUAUUUAAGAAGAUCUUGGCAGACAAUAAAAUGCUGGAGAACUACCUGUAUGAUUGGGUUGAAAAUAUCACUCCUCUUACAUCUUCUAAAACAAAGACAACUAUCAGUAUAUUCAAUUACUUUUGUGAUGAGAAUGAACAUAGUUAAACAGACUUAUCUGAUGAUGAAGAAAGCCAAGUUGUUUUUACGUUGACAAAAUAGGUUUACAAAUUCUUUUAAAAGGAAUGA